AAAACAUUUUCAUCUAGUCAUAGUCAAACUUCUUUGAUGAAUCGUUGGUCAGCCAUUCAACUUGCCACGAAUAGGUUCAAUGGGUGCUUCGCCCAAAUCCAAAGGUUGAAUCAAAGUGGAAAGACUGAAAAAGAGAAGAUUGAUGAUGCGAAGAAAUUAUACAAAGAGUUGUAUAAAUCGUCAUUUUCAUUUGAACAUUGUUGGCAUGAGUUAAGAGAUCAACCAAAAUGGCGAGAGGAAUAUAGCAUGAAGAAACAAAAAACAAAAAAAGUGGCAACUCCGAGUGUUUGUUGUCCUUGUACACCGGGUACAAUCAAUUUAGAGGACAAUGAUGCCUCACAUAAUGACAAUGUAGACUUGGAAAGACCACCAGGUAGGAAGACUGAAAAGGAACGUUUGAAUAAAAGAAAGAAUAAAGAUCGUGGAAAUGAAGGAGGGUCGCCUAUUUUAAUAUUAUUAGAGGAUUUAAAAGAAGAUAGAAAGAAAAUGAAUGACAAGAAAAUAGAAAUAUAUGAAAGGUCGUAUCUUCAAGAGCAAGAAAAGAUUGAUAAUGAGAAAAAGAGGACGCAAACAGAACAAGAAAAGGUCGAUAAUGAGAAAGAGAAGAUGCGAAUAGAACAAUUGAAGGAGGAAGAGCGAAUAAUGUCAAUAGAUACGAGUGGUCUGCCUCCAUUGCAAGCAAAAUAUGUUCAUUGCCGCCAAAUGGAAAUUCUCCAAAAAACGAUUUAGUUGUUGAAACUACCAAAAAAAGAUUUAGUUGUUGGAUCUAUGUUUUUGACUUUAUUUAUUGUUGGAUUUGAUUCUCCAUUGUAGGCAGAACUAUGUUUUUUUAUGUAGUUUAUGUUGGAACUAAUUAUUAUAUGUUAAAAGCUAUUUUGGAACUA